AUGAAAGUUAUGGAUACAAGGGCCGAAGGAAAGGGAUACCCACCCGAACUCGUAGAAGAUGAAGAGUUCGAGGAAAACUCGAAGCACGAUAAUGAAGCACUUAACGAGAAGCAAAAGGACGCAAAAGAUGAAGAUGAAAGGGGGCAGAGCGUAGAAAAUGACGCUGAGUACGAGGAAAACGCAAAAGACGGAGAUGAGGGGGAGCGCAACCCAGAAAAUGAUGAUGAGUACGAAGGAAAUACGUAA